AUGAAAUGUGUUACAUGAAAUGUGUUACAUUGUGGGGUGUUGAGUUUUCCUAAAUGCACGUGCCCUCGGAUUUUGUGUGAAACUAAGUUUACUAUGACUACAACUACCAUAAUACCCUAAACAGAAAGGCUAAACAUGGCAGGCUCCUCUGCAGGAAUGACUGCACUGCUAUGUAAUAUGAAUAAACAAAUUGCAAUAUUUUAUCCAACGAUUACUUACCAAAGGCACAAUUGGUGUGUGAUAAGGAGAGUAUGUAUGUUUGUCUCCCGAUGCCAGAGUCAAGCCCAAACAAAACCGAAAAGUGCUCCCCAGGAGCUGGUAGGUGUGGUGGGUCUGGAGAUCCAUGCUCAGAUCCACUCCAACACCAAGCUGUUUUCUGGCUCCCAGGUUGGGUUCCAGGCUCCACCUAACUCCCUGGUGUCCUUCUUUGAUGCCUCCUUACCUGGAACUCUACCUGUGCUGAACAGACGAUGUGUGGAGGCUGCAGUGAUGACAGGUUUGGCCCUUAACUGUACCAUCAACAGGAAGUCUCUCUUUGACAGGAAGCACUACUUCUACGCUGACCUUCCUGCGGGCUACCAGAUCACCCAACAGAGGCUGCCCAUCGCGGUGGACGGCACCCUGACCUACAGUCACCUGGGGGGCCGUAAGAGGAACGCGGUGGUCACCAAGAGUGUCAGGAUCAAACAGAUCCAGUUAGAGCAGGACAGUGGCAAGAGCCUCCACGAUGACUACAGGAACCAGACCCUUAUAGACCUCAACAGAGCAGGUGUGGGUCUGAUGGAGCUGGUGAUGGAGCCAGACAUGAGCUGUGGAGAGGAGGCAGCAGCAGCCGUCAGAGAGAUGCAGCUCAUACUGCAGGCUCUAGGGACCUGCCAGGGAAACAUGGCUGAGGGCCAGCUGAGAGUGGAUGCCAACGUGUCCGUCCACAGACCUGGGGAUCCUUGGGGCAUCAGGACUGAGGUCAAGAACAUCAACAGUGCCCGCAACCUGGCCAGGGCCAUAGACUAUGAGAUCCAGAGACAGAUGUUUGUCCUGGAGAGCGGCGGCACGGUGCAGAACGAGACACGGUCGUUUGAUGGCAAGACUGGUCACACCAUUCCAAUGAGAGACAAGGAGGGCCUUCAGGACUACAGGUUCAUGCCGGAGCCCAACCUGCCUCCUCUGAUGGUGUACGAGGCGUGCUCUACAGCCCCCCCUGGUGUUGCCCCCAGCCAGAUGGUGGUUCUGGAGGAGGUGAGGGAGAGGCUGCCGGAGCUGCCCAGCGUCAGGAGGCAGAGGCUGGUGGAGACCUACGGCAUCCUCCCCGAACACAGCUUCACCCUGGUGAAUGAGGACGGGCUGAUGGACUACUUUGAGGCCGUCGUCAGGGAGACCAAGGCUGGGCCGAGAAAGGUGAUUGGCUGGGUGAUGAACGAGCUGCAGGGCCUCCUCCAUCAACAGAACCUGCGUGUCAGCCAGAGUCCGAUCUCUCCUCAAGCUCUAGCCCAGAUACUGAAUCUCCAGGAGAAUGGACAAAUCUCUUCUUCUAUCGCCAAGCAGGUGUUCCAGGAGCUGUGGAAGACCCCAGGUAAAACGGCCCAGCAGAUCGUCAAGGAGCAGGACCUGGGGAUGGUCAACGACAGCACAGAGAUCCACAGGAUUUGCCAGAAGGUGGUGGACUCACACCCAGACCAGGUCCAAGCCAUCCGCAGUGGGAACAAGAAGGUUCUGAACAAGCUCAUGGGUCUGGUCCAGAAGGAGACGAAAGGCAGGGCUGACCCAGUCCUGGUACGGGCCAUCCUGGAGCAGAAGACCUCCUGAGGACUAACUAACACGGUCUGUGGCCACCUUGACAUGCCUGGUGGAAUAUCAAACUGGUCCAAGAGGCAGCAAGCAUGACAUCAUUAUGGCUUCAUCAUAGUUAAUGUCCUCUGGUCAAGAGGAUUAUUGUUGCUAAAUCAACUGUCUCUCAUGUUGUCUUCUGGCACCGUAACCGCCUUUAAGUUGUUGCAGUUGUAUUGUAACUUUUAUUUGUGUACAUAAAUAUAUUCUAAUUCUCUUUGGAGUGUGCACACUUAUCCCCUCCCAAACACACACUUCAUCUAAAACUGUCAAGGGAAUGGCAUACACAUCCUCCAUGAUAAUCACACUUUAAGCAGAGCCAUUCUGGAAUCCCUUAGCAGUUUGGAACACUCUGAACCCACCAAUGGCAGAACAUAGCUAAUAAAGGUAUGGCCCAUUACCAGGCAGUUUGGGAGUCGUCCCAGAAGUCAUCUUUCUGCUUUUAUCACUGUCCUCUGGCAGCACUGAAAUGAAUCAGGAGAGCAACAGAGGACUGAAGUACUAUAUGCAAUGUAUCUCCUGAUACUCCCUCUAAAAUGGAUCGGAUUAGGAAUGAUUUAGAGGUCAGUGUUGAGUCAGAGGAGAGAGAGGAAGUAGUCAUGAGUAGUGAGCGCCCCCUUGUGGCUGUCAAGUGAAGGAGCUACAUCUCUAUCGUUUAGCCUUCUAUGCUUGUCUCUAGAGAUAGGCAUCUCUUACAUUCAGUUGGCUUGAAUAUUGAGUUUUGUCAAAUCACGCGGUAAUUCAAUACUGGUUGGCUGUGUGCAUGUGACUUCAGUUUGGUAACGUAGGUAGUUGCCUCCCAUUCAUCCCCUUUGUUUCUAUUGAGUGCUGUAUGCAGUGACCUAUAAACAAAGUAUUGUACAUAACACAAUUGGACUUCUUGAUUUUAAAAGAGGGUUUGUGGCUGGCUGCUGUUUCAGUGCCUGUGAAGAAGACCUAGUUUUGAACAGAAGCUGGGUCACUGGAUGAAUGGCUGUCAGAAGCCUUGUUUAUACCUGCUGUUAACAUUCGUCCUGAUCUUGUCCGUGUAGACUUAGAUCUGAUCACAAUGCGUUUUUUAAUCGUCCAUAAAUGUGUCCAGAAUCAGAAUUGGAAAAGAUCAGGACAAAGGCUGCAUGUUAGAACCAGGUAUGAACAGGGAUAGAGGGGGGAUUGUUUACUAAACGAGGCCAGUGGAGUCCACUGAACAAACCAUUGAAAACACAACCACUUCUGGGCGAAAGAAGCGGAAAGAAAAAGUGUGUUUUCCCUGUGUUUUGCAUUUUACUUACCUUUGCCGAGGUGAAGCUAAAAUAUACAUUUGGGUAGAGAAGCUGUCAAAACACAUGACAUAUUUCUGUUCUUCAAUAAAAACGUAUUAUAAAGAA